AGAAGAAUAACUAGGGACCUGCCUAAGCUGUUCCUUCCUUACAUUUGUGUCACAUAUCAGCAACAACUUCCGAUGAAAACUCCUCUGCUUUCAUGGCUUUUCUUACUCCGCAUUUGCUAUGUUUCACUCACCUUCCAUACGUUUGUGGUCUCUACCCAAUGUCCCGGCGAUCAGAAAUCUUUGCUGCUACAAUUGAAGGACACCCUCGCAUUUGACCCUGCAACGUCUCAAAAACUUGUGAAGUGGAACAAUGCCUCGGACUACUGCUCUUGGGAAGGAGUGUCCUGCAAAGAGGGUUGUGUUUCGAAUCUGGACUUGAGCAACGAGUGGAUUACUGGUGGACUUGAUAAUUCCAGUCCUCUUUUCGGUCUGAAGUCGAUCGAGAACCUGAAUUUGGCUCACAACUUCUUCAACUACACUCAGAUUCCUUCCGAGUUCAAACAGCUAGCCGGUUUGCGUAACCUGAACUUGUCGAAAGCUAAAUUUGCAGGGAAGGUUCCGAUUGAGAUUUCGCACUUGACGAGGUUGGUAACUCUCGAUUUGUCUACCCUCGACAAUCCGUUGCUAAAACUUGAGAUGCCGAAUUUGAAAGUGCUCAUUCGGAACUUUUCUGAGCUUGUUGAACUUUAUCUUGAUGGCGUGAAUAUAUCAGCACAGGGGACUGAAUGGUGCCAAGCUAUAUCAUCUUCACUGCCAAAAUUGAGGGUGCUGAGCUUGUCCGCUUGUUCUCUUUCAGGCCCUAUUGAUAGUUCAUUACUGAAGCUUCAAUCGCUCUCGGUUAUUCGUUUAGAUGGCAAUGAUUUCUCUAUUCAAGUUCCGGAGUUCUUCUCAAAGUUCCCAAAUUUGACUUCCUUGCACCUAAGCUAUUCUGGCUUAUAUGGUACAUUCCCAGAGAAGAUCUUCCAGGUACCUACACUACAGACUAUUGACUUAUCUUGGAAUCCGCAGCUUCAGGGUUCCUUACCAGAAUUUCCAAAGAAUGCUUCUCUUCGGUCCUUGGUUCUAUGCGGGGCUAACUUUUCAGGCCAGUUGCUUCCGAACUCUAUUGGCAACCUCAAAAUGUUGUCCGAGGUAGAUAUUCGGUGGUGCAAUUUCACUGGAUCAAUCCCAAGGUCAAUAGAAGAUCUUCAUCAAUUGGUUUCUUUUGACUUGUCAUCAAACAAGUUCAACGGUUCAAUUCCAUCCUUCAGUAUGGCCAACAAUCUGACCGUGAUCAAUCUUUUUGACAAUCAGCUGACAGGUCAGAUUAAUUCCACUCACUGGGAAAAUCUCACUAAUCUGGUGAAUCUCAAUUUGAGAUCCAAUCAACUAGAUGGGACUAUUCCGUCAUCUCUGUUUUCUCUUCCCAUGCUGCAAGAUUUAGAGCUUUCUAACAAUCACUUCUCCGGCCAGUUACCUGAAUUUGGUAAUUUUUCUUCCCUACGAGUCCUUGAUUUGAGUAGCAAUAGUUUGGAAGGGCCUAUACCCAUGUCCAUCUUUAAUCUACGAGAGCUUAUUUUUCUCUCACUUUCUUCAAACAACUUCAGUGGGUCCUUUCUGCUUAAUGAUAUUCAACAACUGAAAAAUCUCUUAAGUCUUGAUCUUUCAUACAAUAGCUUGCUAAUUAAUUAUGACAGUUCCAAUUCCUCCUGCUUUCCUCAACUUCUCUUAUUGAAAUUAGCCGCUGGAAAGUUGAGAACCUUUCCUGAUUUCUUGAGAAAUCAAUCGGCAUUAGGCGCUUUGGACCUAUCCCUAAACCAGAUUCAUGGGGAGAUACCCAACUGGAUUUGGAGGCUCAGUAAUCUUGUUCAACUAAAUCUUUCUUGCAACUCUCUGGUAAAUCUACCAGGUCCUUUCCUCAAUCUUACUUCUUCUUAUGUGCUUGAUAUUGACCUUCAUUCCAACCAGCUUCAGGGACCAAUUCCAAUUGUUUCACCAUCUUCCGCUUAUCUGGAUUACUCAAGAAAUAAUUUCAGCUCAAGCAUACCGGCAGAAAUUGGUGAUUUCCUUGUGAACACUAUGUUCUUCUCUCUUGCAAGUAAUCACAUCCACGGGAUCAUUCCAGAAUCAGUAUGCAAGGCGACAUCUCUUAAAGUUCUUGAUCUGUCCAAUAAUUCCUUAAGUGGCAUGAUUCCCCAGUGCUUGACUGCAAUAAACGGGCCUCUUGCAGUACUUGAUUUAAGGAGAAACAAACUUUCUGGCACUCUUCCAGAUAAUUUUCCUGAGAACUGUAGUCUACACACUCUAGACCUCAAUGGCAAUGUGAUUGGUGGUCAGUUCCCAAAAUCUCUAGCCAACUGCACAAUGUUAGAGGUGUUAAACCUGGGAAACAAUCAGAUAACAGAUGUCUUUCCAUGCUCAUUGAAGAGCAUAUCCAGCUUGCGUGUACUUGUCUUGCGUUUCAACAAAUUUUAUGAUCGCAUUGAAUGCCACAAGACUAAAAGUGCCUGGCCAAAGCUUCAAAUUAUUGACAUAGCUCGCAACAAUUUUACUGGCGAAAUACCAGGAAGUUUUUUUAAAAGGUGGCAAGCAAUGAUGGCUGACAAAGAUGGUGCCGUGUCAAAGAUUAAUCACCUCCAAUUUCAAGUUGUAGACUUCGGCCAGGUGUACUAUCAGGAUACCGUAACAGUUACCAUCAAAGGUCUAGCUAUGGAAUUUGUAAAGAUCUUAACAGUCUUCACUUCAAUUGACAUCUCCUGCAACAAUUUUAACGGAUCAAUACCUGAGGAAGUGGGAAUGCUCAAAUCACUUCAUGGCCUAAACUUGUCCAGUAAUGCUCUCACAGGCGCAAUCCCAUCAUCACUAGGUAAUCUAGGACAGCUUGAGUCCUUAGACCUUUCGGACAACAAAUUGAGCGGAACAAUUCCAUCACAACUUUCCAAACUUAAUUUCCUCUCAUUCCUAAAUCUGUCGAGCAAUCAACUUGUCGGGAAGAUUCCAACCGGCACUCAGAUUCAGACUUUUUCAGCAGAUUCUUUCGCAGGCAAUAAAGGAUUAUAUGGGCCACCGUUAGAUAACGGAUCACCAAUGUUGCCACCAACAUUAGAAGGCAAACAUUCUAAUUCUGCGCACAGAAUUGAUUGGGAUCUUAUCAGUGUUGAAGUUGGAUUUAUUGUUGGCUUUGGAGCUGCGGUCGGGUCACUUGUGUUGUGCAAGAGAUGGAGUAAAUGGUAUUACAAAACAAUGUAUAAAAUCCUUGUAAAGAUAUUCCCUUAGCUUGAAGAUAGAAUUGGUCCUCACCGAAGACAUGUCCACAUAAAUCAGAGGUUCGGACGUUGAAGUUAAUGAUCAUGGGGACCAAUGCAGCUGGACCUCAAGCUAUGCCUGGGGAAUUUGAGAUCCAACAAAUAAGAGGUUUGCUUUUUGGUUUUACCUUUUAAAUUUAUGUAUGUUAUAGUUAUAUUUGUAAUAGUUUAUUGUGUAUCUUUAUCCUUUGUUUUCAAUAAACUUCCUCGUACCGUCGAGGUUCUUGAAGUUAGCGUAAUUUGAUAUACCCAAAAGAGUGUACUACAUGUAAUGUAUUAUUUGUUUGAAUUGUGUAGUACAAUGUCGAGACCAACUCCACCCAAAAGAGUGUACUACAAAGAAUAUCUUGACUUCUAAAUUGCGAUAUGUUUUAA